GGUUGGUUUCUGAGGAGCUGAUGGAGCGGAGAGGAGGAUGGAGGAGACGGAGGGUGAGGGUUUGGUGGUGGAGUGGAGGAGGGAGGCGGGGCUGGCGGCGGUGAGGGAGUAUUUGGUGAAGGAGUUGGAGGUUAUGGGUCCCACGGUGUUGGAGGUGGCGGCCGAGGCUCAUCUUAGCGGGACGAGGACCGCGGAGGAGGUUUUCCAGGAGUUUGAUGAUUGUGACUAUGAACACGAUGAUAAUGAUAAUGACGACCGUGACCGUGAUGGUGGUGGUGGUGGUCGUAGUAUGGAGGGAAAUGGGGUUGGUCCUGUUAUCAGGGAAGAUGAAGGAGUUAGUGGGCCGUUGGAAGGACAUGGUGGUUUGAUUUGCGGAGACAAUAAUGAACUUGAGACUUUGGAUGGUUUGGAUAGAGGGGAGGAGGCGAUGAUUGAUGGAGAGGUUGAAGAAGGGGAAUUGAGCGGGAGUUUGAAUGGGGUCGCUGGUGCUGAUUGUGAUUUUAAUGUAGAAGGGGGAGAACCUGAGACUUCGGAUGGGUUUUGUAGAGGGGAGGAGAGAACUAGUGGUCUGGUUGAACAACAGGAAAUGGUUAUUCAGCCAAUUGAGGCUGUUAAUAGGAAUUGUAUUGUGAUUCAAGGAGAGACUUUAGGUGGUGUGGGUGAAGGGGAGGAGAGAAAUGAAGGGAAUGUUGAACAAAUCGACUUGGCUACAAGUUCAAGAGGAAUCGAUGCUUCAAUAUCAUUAGUGCCUACACCAGAAUUCAACCAAGUGAAAGAGAACCUAAGAAGGAGCUGCAAGGAUCUGCAGAAUGUAGUGGAAGAUCCCCUACCGGAUGCAAAAAAGGCGGCAUCUAGAAUGAUAGCUAGCAAAUCAAAUGAAGCUAUGCAUCCCGGUGAACAAGUGGAGAAGCAUUGCUUGGAGCCGGAAGGAAACCAAAGAGCAGCGUCACUUCAUUCUGCUGAUGAUUAUGAAGUUCUCCACACUGGGAGUACGAGUGUAUAUUUUUUGAGCAAACCAAUCUCCCGAGAAGAUUUUGAUGGAAAAUUACACCUUGAUUCUGAUUGGGACGAUGAUUCAAUUGAGUCUGAUUCAGAUAGAGCGUCAUCUUCAUCAAAGAAACUCCAUUUACCUAGUCCCAAGACAGCGAGAGUUUCUCCCUUGAAACCAGUGGAAUUCAAAAAAGUAAGCAGAAGAAGAAAGAGAUGGAGUGUGGAGGAAGAGGACACUCUGAGGGAAGCUGUAAACAAAUAUGGAAAAGGAAACUGGAAAAUCAUGCUAAACAACUACCGAGAUGUUUUUCAAGAAAGAACAGAGAUGGUGCUUUUUCUUAGUUGCUUCUACCUAGCUACUUCUAGUUCUGCAUUUUGGCUUGUAGAUGGUGAAGUUGUGAUGUCUCUUUCUUUCUUGUUUCUUUUAUUUUUGGAUUCUGGAUUUGAUGGGCUUUGUCUCCUUCGGUUGGUUGAGGAGGAUAUGUGGAUAAUGUACAACUGGUUUAUUAAUUCCGUACGUAUAAAGGGAUUUUCUGAUGCGUGUGAUGUACAUGCUUAUGCUUCCCUAGAUGAAAUCCUUAGACCUUGA